AUGGCAGUUUCACAGGGAAACAAUUAUCGAAGGGAAAGGAAGCAGUGGUAUUUGGGGUCUAAUGUGUGCUUGCUGUUUGGUUUGCUCUUUCUGUCGAUGAUCACUCAAACAGAAGGUACUGUGUGUAGUUACUGUGGUAAAGAUUUUGUUGUCUUAGGUCGACACGUUUGGCGCUGUAAAGCACGCGUGACCAGUGAUGCGUUCACUGCUUCGCCUAGAGCAGCCUCUGAUGCUGGCCAGGAACGAUCGAACAGCGUUGUCUUUCCUGAACUAUCAUUUGCUAGCUUGAAUAACGAGCACGAUCAGGAGGCUUUAGCAGCUGAUCAUCACCUAGAAACCGACGAUCACGAUCUGCUACAUGCCGAAUGCCAUUGUGGUAAAAAAUGAAAAAAUUUUAAAGGCCUUCAAGCGCAUCGUAAACACUGUCCCAUUAAUGCUAAUCUAGAUUUCAACCUGCUGUUUGCACAAGACUCUGAUCCACCGAUGCCACCAGGGCAAGCACGUGCAAUAGAUUCAGUUGAGAAUGAAGAAACGCAAUGUCUAGAUAAUUCAUUUCAGAGAAUACCCGUUAAACCAGGCUUAAAGUUACCUAAAACACCGAUCGGUUGGGAUAAUGCUAAUGAAUAUUUUAGAGCAAAUUUGAAUAUCAGUAUCGAAAUAACUGAUAUUAAUACUGAAAUUAGCUCACUGCAGGACAUGAUUUAUACAUAUUUCAAGUCAAACUUUGGACCUUAUAACAACGAAGAUGACAGCAUAAGCGAAGGGUCAAUAUUCCAGCAAAAGUACAACCAUCUUUCUCGUCGGCAACUUAAAUACCAUUUAAGCGAGUUAAAGAACUUCAGUGUAACGAGGCAACGCAAGAGAUUCGAAAGUGAAAUUUGUUAAUUUAUCGAUUAGCUCAUUAGGAGUUUUCAGCCACCCGUCGCUAGAUUUCACCGAAAUGCUGAAGGAUCUAAAGUUUGAUGAACAAUGUAGAAAGUACUAUGUUCGGAAAAUUAUUAACAUAUGUAUCAGGUCCUCGUGUUAUAUAUUCUGUAAGCGUAACAAAGAAUGGGAUAACCCACAACUAAUGUCAUACUAAUAUUAUUAUUAUGUAGAGUGUUAAUUCAAGUAGACACUGGUAAACUACCUGUAAAGAGAGGUUUAUCAUUGUAGUGUGUACAUAUAUUAUUGAAAGUAAUAAAGUUUCCAUUAUUAUACCUCAUUUCGCAAGGUUCUUUCUUUUCCAGUAUCAUGAAUCAUUCCACAUCCACAUUCAACUCUUUAUGGUCAUCCGUUCAGAGCAAACUUCCGAAAAACAUUUUUAACUUCACCAUCCGAUAUAUCAAUAACACACUUCCAACACGAAACUGAACCUAUCAAAAUGGGGACUAUCAUCAACAUCCGAUUGCUCUUUCUGCUCCUCACCUGAAACGCUGCUCCAUGUGAUUGCUGGAUGUAAGACAUAUUUAGACGAAGGCCAGUUUACAUGGCGACACGAUUCUGUUUUAGAUUUCCUCGCAUCCACUCUUACUGCUGUGAAAAAUUCCACACUUUGCGCGGACAUUCCUGGUUUUAUUAAUCCAUCUGUUAUCACGGGAGAUCGUUUACAAUCUGACCUUCUGCUGGUGACUGGAAACAGAUGUCUAUAUAUCCUCGAGCUUACAGUCGGUUAUGAAUCCAAUCUGCAAGUUAACGCCAAUCGUAAGCGUCAAAAGUACCGUGAUCUAAUCAAUGAGCAGGAAGCAGAUUAUGAUGAAGUCAAUUUCGUCAAGUAG